AUGACGCGUCAAAAAAGAGCUGCCCGGAAGGGUACAAAUCGAGGUGCGCAAGUCGCAAAGGAUCGCAAUAGGCAUAAAGUUGUUCUCCCAGGAAAUCCAAAAGACAAGGGCAAGCAGUUACAAAGUGUCGUAAGAAAGACUCGCGAUGCGGCUGGAGGUACUACUCACCCGGUUUCCCAGAUCACGUUCAAGGCCGAACCUCCUCAAGGUUACACAUUUAUUCCUGCAGGAAACCCAGAGCUCACAGCGGCUCUCAAGGAGUUUUCUCGUCAGGGAGAUCACAAGAUCUUUGCUGUUACGACCACGCCACAUGCUGCUCGACACGAGCUUUCUAGAGAGGUACAUCGGAUCGGUUUUCAUUUUCCUACCCAAGUCGUCGCCCAAGUCUGUAGCUACUAUGGUAUCCGCCUCACAAGCGGUGGCAAAGUGAUUGAUGAGUCCAAGGAUGACCAGCUCUUCUCGCGAGUGUACCAGAGAGGAGAGCGACCAAAAGUUGAUGAACCUAAGGACCAGGUUACCAUCAACACUGAGGCCAAGCAGACGAUCAAAGAUUUGUUCCCUAACAUCCCCGACAAAGAUUUGUUCCAGAUCAUUAAAACCGCCUUCCAAUUGGGAGAUGGUAAAGUUGGCACGGCAGAGGAAAUACCACUGGUCCGAAGAGCUCAACUCUCGGUUGUAGCUCAUAUUCGACAUGUCUACACUGACUAUGACAAGCUCCUGAGAAAAGUAGCCUACAAUGAUGCUCGACAUGCCGUGGAGCAAAGUACCCUCGCUAGACUUGUUGAAUGGCGGGGUGACGACGACCGAGCGGAUGAAGCAACCAAGCAUGCAGCUGCUGAUGCCCUCCGUGAGGUCAUAGUUAUCUCCGACGAAGAUGAUAGCGACAGCGAAGGAUCUUAUGAGCCAGUUGUUCAUGAUGACGUUCGUGUCGAAGAACUUGCGACUUCUGCCUAUGCCCCUGCUCCUGGUCGGCAGGUCUCACCGGAUCCUUCAAUACAGUAUCCCGGUCAACACAUUCGCACUGCUUCUCAAGCAGCCCGCCAUUAUAGACCGACUCAGGACGAGAUUGCACAGCGCGACCUGAGUAGGUAUGCAGUGUGGGACCAAGCUAAACAAGACUAUCGCUCUAGUAUUGUUCAACGGGCUCCCACGGUUCUAGAAAGAAUCUAUGAACCUGAGAUUGCCCCGAGAUCUCGCGUUCUUGUGCCUCUAGAUCCUCCGAUGUCCCAUCCCUCGACACCUGCUUUUCGUACUCAAAUCCCACCCACCUCGGCCACUCGGAUGGAUUAUGAGCCCCAUCCGACCCGAGCUCCAAGCCCUCCUUCAUUCAUACGAGACCAUAACGGCGUUCUGUACGAGCGAAUCAUAAGGCGGCCACGAGAUUACGUACCAGAAAUAAUUUCAGGGCGCUUUGCGAACUCCUCACCCCAUCUUUUGCCUACUGCUAGGCUGGUAAGGACGCGGCCUUCAUCUCCUGAAGACUUCCAAUCCCGUGGAACUCGGCACUAUGGCAACCCUCACGAUAAAGGGUAUGGUACAAUACUGCCUUCAAUUGAAGGAAGUGAUGGUCUGCCUCUAUCGCCCCGAGAACGCCGCAUUCCCUUUGACAGAUCUUCUGAACCUCGUGAUAUGAACGGCCCGAAUUAUGACCACCAACAUGUCCGUGAUCCAGUGCCUGCUGAAUACCCAAACGGCCCUGACUAUGUACACAAGAGGCGACGUGUGGAAAACCUUGAUUAUCACCAGCCCAUUCAGGAAUACCACACGCUCAGAGAGGCCUCCCCUAUUAGGCACGGUGAGCCUACGUAUCGGUCACGGGAUCAGAUGACCCACGCUCGGAUUGAACCUCGGGAUCAUUUUGGCCAACCCAUAAGCCCCAGAUUGGCACCGGAAAGAUAUACUAACCACCAGCCGCUUCGUGAUCCUCAAAAUAUACCAUACACUCGAACAGCUGUUGAUAGAGCUACGUUUGUUGCAGAAGACGUGCGUGAGAAUACUCGUUACCAGGGAGCUGUUGUCCAGGACUAUGGAUAUAACCGUGCUGUCCAAUCAACGGCAAGAUUGCCAGAAAUGGAGGUGAUUCAGCGACCGGUGCAGUAUGAAAGUCGGGCUCACGAUUCUAUGAAUGAAACACGCUCCUGCGACAAUCGUGCGGCGAGGGAACGUAACAUGGGUGUGGCCAAGGAGUUUGCCCAGCCGUUCUCUCAAGAGCGUCGAAUCCGGCACUCGUACCGACCUCAACCCCUUGAUCCUUUGCCACGCCAGCGAGUGGUAGAGUACGAGUAUCCCCCAAGUACAGUUCGGUCGCAUGCUCUAUCCAGUCAUCAGUGA